AUGUCUGAGACUAAAGGUGUUAAGCCUGGUCCCGAACCUGCGGACCGGGUGGCCAUUGGUAUCACGUUUGGCAAUUCGAAUAGCUCCAUCGCUUUUACAGUUGAUGACAAGGCAGAGGUAAUUGCUAAUGAGGACGGAGACCGACAGAUUCCCACCGUUCUGUCCUACGUGGACGGUGAUGAAUACUAUGGCGCUCAGGCCAAGGCUUUCCUGGUCCGCAAUCCAUCCAACUCGAUCGCUUACUUCCGCGAGUUUCUAGGCAAGGAGUUCAAGUCUAUCGACCCUACGUACUGCCAUGCUGCUGCUCAUCCUCAGGACAACGCUGGCAGCGUUUUCUUCUCAGUCAAGGACAAGGACAGCGAAAGCGAUGCUUCUUGCGUCUCUGUUAGCGAGGCUUCCACCAGAUAUUUGCGCCGACUCGUCACCGCUGCCUCUGAUUAUUUGGGCAAAAGAGUCACGUCUGCGGUCGUUACUGUGCCCACCAAUUUCAACGAUAAGCAGCGUGAGGCUUUGAUCAAGGCCACCAACGAUGCCGAAUUGGAGGUUCUGCAGCUGGUUUCUGAUCCCGUUGCCGCCAUAUUGGCCUACGAUGCUCGGCCCGAGGCUGUUGUCGAGGACAAGAUUGUUGUUGUUGCCGACUUUGGAGGUACUCGCUCAGACGUCGCCGUUGUUGCUUCAAGAGGCGGCAUGUACACAAUCCUGGCCACCGCCCACGACUAUGAAUUUGCUGGGAUCCAUCUUGACCAAGUUCUAAUGGACCACUUUGCGAAGGAGUUCAUCAAGAAGCACAAUACGGAUCCUCGAUCCAAUGCCAAGAGCCUGGCCAAGCUUCGACAGGAAGCCGAGGCCACCAAGAAGGCUCUCAGCUUGGGAAACAAUGCCCAGUUCAGCGUGGAGAGCCUGGCUGACGGUUUCGACUUUUCUUCCACCAUCAAUCGCCUGCGAUACGAAAUGAUCGGCCGCAAGGUUUUUGAAGGGUUCAAUCGCUUGGUUGAGAGCGUGGUCAAGAAGGCCGACUUGGACGUUCUUGACAUUGACCAAGUCAUCAUGUGUGGCGGCACCUCGCACACUCCUCGCAUCGCCAACAACUUGCGCAACAUUUUCCCCGAGACCACCAAGAUCCUGGCUCCGGCCACCAGCGCCAGCGCCAUCAACCCUUCCGAGGCUCAGGUCCGCGGCGCUGCCCUGCAGGCAUCUUUGAUCCAGGAAUACGAGGCCAGCGAUAUUGACCAGUCGACUCACCCCGCCGUCACCACUGUCAAGCACAUCUCCAACGCCAUUGGUGUCGUCACCGUCGAUGCCAGCCAUGAGUCGAUCUUCGUUCCCAUCAUGCAAGCCGAGACCGCCGCUCCUGCCCGGCGAACAAUCCACAUUCCGGCCCCCAAGGACGGUGGUGACGUCCUGGUCAAGGUUGUCGAGGGCGGCAGGCACAUCAAGAUUACGAAACCCGAACCCAAGGCCAAUAAUGUCCAGAACGGCGACAAGGGCGAGGACUCUGGCUUUGAAGAUUCCGACGAGGAGGAAGAGGAGGAGGAGAAGCGCGAAAAAGUGUGGAAAAUAGGCAAACUACUCGCUGAAGCUGCCAUCAAGGGCAUCAAGAAAGAUGGCAAGAUCGAGGUGACGAUCAAUGUUCUGGCCGACCUUGGCGUCACUAUCACAGCUAGAGAAGUUGGUGGCAAGGGCGGUAUUCGUGGUGUCCUGACGGCCCCUUGA